UACGGAUUAGUUGUGUACAGUGUUUUACUUAAUUUUUAUCUAAUUUUUCUAAUACAAUUGCCUUACUUAUAGGUGUUAUCAAUAUAUAGAAAAUUGUUAUAUUUUUAAAUAGAAUUUUAUUAUUUAGGAGAAACAAAUCAUUCCAAUAUUUCGGCUAUAUUUGUAAUAGUGUAGUUUAAUCGUUAUCAACUUGUGUACAUAAGAAGUUACUUUAGAUGCAGUGUUUUCUCGUUGCCCACUGAAUCAAGACGAGGACGGAGAAGCAAAACAUAAAAAAUGAAGUUCGCGGAACAUCUUAGUGCCCACAUAACUCCAGAGUGGCGAAAACAAUAUAUAAAUUAUGAGGAAAUGAAAGCAAUGCUUUACACAGCAGUCGAAGAGGCACCCUCAGCUGAAAAUGUAGAACCAGAAGUACUUUCUAGGCAUUUUGCCAAUUUUGAUGAAACUUUUUUUCAUUACUGUGACCAAGAAUUGAAGAAAAUUAAUACUUUCUAUUCUGAAAAAUUGGCUGAGGCAACAAGAAAGUAUGCCACAUUACAAAGUGAGCUCAAAUCACGUUUUGACACAAUGAAACCCAAAGGCAGUGGUGACAACAAGAAAGCCAUACCACGCAGAAAAGUGCAAGAGCUCAAGCUUGCAUUCAGUGAAUUUUACCUAAGCUUGAUACUACUUCAAAAUUACCAGAACUUAAACUAUACUGGUUUUAGGAAAAUUUUAAAGAAACACGAUAAAUUAUUAAAUGUAAGUAAUGGAGCACAAUGGAGAGCAGAACAUGUGGAAACAUCACACUUCUAUACCAACAAGGAUAUAGACAGACUUAUCAGCGACACAGAGGCUACUGUCACUAAUGACCUGGAGGGGGGAGACAGACAAAAAGCUAUGAAGAAGCUGAGAGUGCCGCCACUUGGGGAACAACAAAGUCCUUGGACAACAUUCAAAGUUGGAUUAUUUUCUGGGUCAUUCAUUGUUUUGUUCAUCACUGUUAUUCUAUCAGCCCUGUUCCACGAAGGAGGCACGGAAUAUUUCAAAACUGCCUUCAGAUUAUACCGUGGUCCAUUCCUAUUAGUUGAAUUCAUAUUUUUAAUAGGCAUAAAUGUUUAUGGAUGGCGCUCGUCCGGUGUGAACCACGUGCUCAUAUUCGAGCUGGAUCCUCGGAAACAUCUCUCGGAACAGCAUCUGAUGGAGUUAGCCUCGAUUUUUGGUGUCGUUUGGGCACUUAGCAUUCUAAGUUUUAUAUAUAGUGCCAGUUUAAGUAUACCGCCAUUUGUGAAUCCACUGGCGUUGGUGAUAAUAAUGUUAGUGUUUUUAAUGAACCCUCUGAGGGUUUUUAGGCAUGAAGCGAGAUUCUGGUUUCUAAGGAUAUGUGGCCGUAUCUUAGCGGCUCCAUUUAUGCCGGUGCUAUUCGCUGACUUCUGGCUGGCGGACCAGUGGAACUCGUUCACGUUUGCCUUCCUGGACUUCCAUUACUUAAUCGCGUUCUACAUAGCUGGAGCUGAUUGGUUCACUGUUAACUCGUCAUUCGAGUCAACGAAAUGGUUCAUCUUCACGCGGGCAGCUGUGAAUAUAAUUCCUGCGUGGACGCGGUUCUGGCAGUGCCUGCGUCGGUACAGGGACAGCAAGGAGGCCUUCCCGCAUCUCGUGAACGCCGGGAAGUACUCCACAACGUUCUUCGUCGUUUUGUUUUCAACGCUACGGGCGGUUUACAGCGACGACUACGAGAACGCAUACGACAAUCCGUUCCUCUACACGUGGCUCGCUUGUCAGUUCAUAUCGUCCACAUACACCUACACGUGGGAUGUCAAGAUGGACUGGGGGCUGCUGAGUGUGGGGCCUUCUGCAGAGAACAGCUUCUUGCGGGACGAGAUCGUAUACAGCCCCGGGUUUUACUAUUUCGCAAUAAUAGAAGAUUUGGUUCUUCGGUUUAUAUGGGCGCCUUCAUUCUUCCUCACUGAGAAUAAAAUCGUUAGCAGCGAAACUAUGGUGUCUAUACUAGCGCCACUGGAAGUGUUCAGACGUUUCAUCUGGAACUUCUUCCGGCUGGAGAACGAGCACCUGAACAACUGCGGCAAGUUCCGCGCCGUGCGCGACAUCUCGGUGGCGCCGCUCGACUCGUCCGACCAGGCGCUCAUCAUCCGCAUGAUGGACCUCCCCGACGGCGUCGUCAACAGACAUACAAAGAAAAAACAUCCGAAGAAAGCAAAGGAGAAUGACAGAAAGCCGCUUCUAAAGAAGGAGUCCAUACAAGAUCUACAAAUGGAACUCGACUUGUCCUCCAAGAUGUUGUAACUAACUGUGAUAUGUGUAAUAUUUGAUAUUAUUUAUAAGCAAUGUUUAAAGUAUUAUUUGAAUUAUAUUUAUAAAUAUU